AGCAGACACAUCCCCCCAGCAUCUUCUCCCUCCAUUUCAGAUACCCCUCUGUUACUAAAAUUGUUGUUUGUUUUCUUAUUAGCGCUUUGCAUUGACUUGUGUCAAAAAUUCCUCCGUCUUUCAGCUUUCUCGUAACUCGCCACCAUGUUCUCGCUUGCUGCAUCCUUACGGACGUCUGCAUCAAAUCAGCUUGGUAGAAGGUUCAGUACAACCUUUCCAUUGAAUACUGAUUUCACACAUGCAGUAAUAGGUGGCGGAGUGGUUGGGCUGGCAAUAGCGAGGCAGUUGCAGGCGCGGGAGGGGGCGUCCACAAUUCUAAUCGAAAGACAUGGCGCCGUAGGGACAGAAACAAGUUCGAGGAAUUCUGAGGUUAUACACGCUGGACUCUAUUACGGAGCUGACAGCCUGAAAACAAAACUAUGUCUCCGUGGCAAAGAGCUGAUGUAUUCAACCUGUAAGAAAUAUAACAUUCCGCACAACAAUUGCGGCAAAUGGAUCGUCGCACAAGACGACACCCAGCUGGAGGCCAUAACCAAGAUUCAUGAGUUUUCCAAAACCAUAGACGUGCCGACGCGUUUCCUCUCCAAGGAAGAAGCGUUUAGAAGGGAACCCGAUGUCCGAGCAGAGGCGGGCGUACUCGAGAGUCCAACCACUGGGAUAGUGGAUUCGCAUUCUCUCAUGCAAUUUCUUGAAGGCGAUUUCCUGGAUAGAGGCGGCCUAUGCGCAUUUCAUAGCCCCGUCACCCAUAUCGAGCCCAUCAAUGGCGGUGCUGGUGGUUGGCGUAUCACCACGACUACCUCACCCGCCCACCAGGGCGGAGGCGCACCGCCGGAAUCUUCAGAAACAACCAUUACCGCAUCCACGCUAGUGAAUUCGGCCGGCUUGUCCGCGAUAGCCAUCUCCAAUAUGAUCUUGCCGAAGGAUAGACACCGCACACCCUACUAUGCCAAGGGCACUUACUUCUCUUAUUCCCUCUCUCAUCCUCGUCCAAAGACUCUCAUCUAUCCAGCGCCUGUACCUGGCCACGGUGGUCUUGGUACCCACCUCACGCUCGACAUGGGCGGCAGAAUUCGCUUUGGGCCGGACGUAGAAUGGACAGACGAUCCGAAUGAUUAUACACCCAAUGCAAAGAAUCUGGUCGCAGCCCUGGACGACAUUCAAACCUACCUUCCCGGCAUCGAUAGAGACGCUGUAGAGCUGGAUUAUGUCGGCAUAAGGCCGAAGCUGGGGAAAGCAGCAGCCGUUGCGACGGGUGGGAAGGGCUUCCAGGAUUUUUACAUUAAGAAGGAGGCGGGAUUUGAGGGGUUUGUCAAUCUUUUGGGCAUUGAGAGUCCGGGGCUGACGAGUAGUUUGGCCAUUGCGGAGGAGGUCGAGCGGCUCUUGUAUGGGUAGUGCCUUUCAGUGUAUGAAUGCUAUCUCAAAGCACGAAA